ACUUUAUGAACAGCCGGCUGCUCUUUUCAGAGUGUGAGUCAUUGUGAGCUGCACAUGCUGCUUACCGGAGAAGCACAAACCCCCUUUUAAAGGGAUCUAGCCAUCCUAGGAGUGGGAUCACACCAGACAUGCUGUUCACGGAGCUGUACACACCAUUUUUGCUGUUUUUCCUGCACUCCUCUGUCCACAGUCUGGAACCCUAUGAUCUGCUGUAUGAAAAUGGAAUAGAAGCAUAUUACAGAAAUGAUUACCAAAAGGUGAUUCAUUACAUAGAAAUGGCUCUGAGCAGCUUCUCCCAGCUUAGGCAGACCAAGAUCAGCUGCAGGUUGGGUUGUAAGCAGAGGUACCCUUUAGCGCUGACACCCAGGGACUGGGAUUUCGACUUUGCCAGUGUCAUGUUGUCCAGGUCAGCCUGCGUAAAGCAAUGUGAAGAGGGGAGCCUGGGAGCACUGUCCAGGCACAGAGUCAGUGAGGACAUCAAGAGUGAGUUCCAUCGCAGAAUUCCCUACAACUUCCUGCAGAGGGCGUACUUCAAGCUGAAUCAACUAGAUGAAGCUGCUCAAGCUGCUCAUACCUUCUUCAUGGCCAAUCCUGAGCAUAUGGAAGUACAGCAGAAUUUAAAAAGUUACCAAAUCAAAUCGGACAUUCCACUGAUUGACAGGGAGAGUCGGUUUUAUAUAGAAGAUUAUCAUGCGGGUGUGAUACUCUACGAUAAAGAACAAUAUGAACAAGCUAUCAAGCGCUUUGAGGAUGCUUUGAAAGGCUAUUUUCGAGCAGAUGUUGAGUGCAGAGCUAUGUGCUGGGGGCCACAUAAAUUUGAUGAAUAUGAAUAUGUGGACUACAGAGCAACUUUGUAUGAAGUCAUGGCAGAUCACUAUAUCCAGAUCUUAGUUUGUGAACACGAGUGCAUAAGAGAUUUAUCCACGCGACCUGGGCGCCUGUCACCUAUUGAGAACUUCCUUCCCUUACAUUAUGACUUCCUGCAAUUCAGCUACUACAGAGUCGGAGAUCACUUGAAAGCCUUGGAAUGUGCCAGGUCCUAUCUGCUCUUCCAUCCUGAAGAUAAGGAUGUGUUGGAAAAUGUCAGCUUUUAUGAGAGUCUUCUACAAGAUUAUAUGGAUACAGCUGACAUCAAACCCAGAAAGGAGGCUGAAGAAUUUAUAAGACGUCACAGACUGGAAUCUGAAAUUAUACACUUUGCAGCUGAAGGAUUCGGGUUUUCCUACAAUGAGCCAGACUUCUGGGUUUCUAGUGGAGAUAGACAAGAUGAAAACAGGGUUACAUCAUCUGGGAAUGAGCUGAAUGAUGUCACUGGGCUCAUCACAGGAAAAAAGGCAGUCCAGAAAAUUGAUCGAGAGCUUAGGGAAGGAGGACCAUUGCUGUAUGAAGAAGUAAAACUUGUGCACAAUUCAGAGUACCUUAAUGGCACUCAGAGAGUACAGCUAGAUAAUGUUAUUUCACAGGAGGAAUGUCAAGAGCUCCAGGGAGUUGCUAGUACUAUAACGCUGGCAGGAGACGGAUAUAGAGGAAAAACGUCCCCUCACACUCCAAAUGAGAAAUUUGAAGGUGCCACAGUGCUGAAUGCUUUGAAGUUUGGCUUUGAAGGUCGCGUUCCAAUAAAAAGUGCUCGCUUGUUUUACGAUGUGAGUGAAAAAGCUCGGAGGAUUGUCCAGUCGUACUUCAUGCUGAACACUACACUGUACUUCUCUUACACACACCUAGUAUGCAGGACAGCCUUGCUGGGUCAGCAGGACCACAGGAAUGAUUUGAGUCAUCCCAUUCAUGCUGAUAAUUGUCUGCUAGAUCCAGAAGCCAAUGAAUGUUGGAAGGAGUCUCCAGCCUACACAUACAGAGAUUACAGCGCACUGUUGUACCUUAAUGGAGAUUUUGAUGGCGGAGAAUUUGUGUUCACUGAAAUGGAUGCCAAAACUGUUACGGCUUCCAUAAAACCUAAAUGUGGCCGCUUGGUUGGGUUCUCUUCAGGAGGAGAGAACCCUCAUGGAGUUAAAGCUGUAACAAAAGGGCAGAGAUGUGCUGUAGCACUGUGGUUUACACUGGAUCCCAUGUACAGAGAACUGGAGAGGCUGCAAGCAGAUGAGGUCAUACGUUCACUAGAUCAAGAUGACCAUACGCAAGAAAGAAGUGAGGAACUGAAUAUCAAUCCUAAGGAUGAGCUAUAACAAUGUAUAUUUAUAUUAAAAUAUUUAUUAAUUAUUAAUAUUCUUAUUAGAACUGUUUUAUUUUUGUACAAAGCAGAAAAUGUAAUUUAUAUAAUGAAGAGAAAAACGAAUUCCCACAAAGCUACUUCCCCUGAAACUUUUUUUGUUUGUUUUUUUUAACUGUAUUGUGUUCUGAAAUGUACUACUGAGCAUUGUACUGUAUUGUUGUUGAUAAAGCUUUUACUUGCCAGUAUUACUCAUCCGCAAUAUGUAAUGCUUACUUCAUAAUAAGUUCCAUUGUUCUUUUCACCUAUGCGCCUCUGUAUACUGCUACUGGAGAUACACAUGGAAGGACAUAACAUGUCUAGUCUGUUCUCAUACUAGUCAGAAUAAUACAUUCUUCACUGUAAAUUAGUCUGCCAGUAUGUUUUAGCUGCUCUUUUAUUUAUUUACAUAUUUGUAACUUUAUCAUUCAAGAUUAUAUUUAUUUUUUACAAUAAGGAAGACAAAUUAUAAUUCACGUUUAAAAUGACAAAUAAAUCAG